AUGAAAGUAUCCACAGUUGAUAAUAUUAAAUCAGGUUUCUGUCACGGUCUCUGGCCGUCUGAAGAAGUGCUGGCUUACUACUGCCUAAAGCACAACGAAAUGUUCAGGGACCUUGCUGUGUGUGAGCUAGGGGGUGGCAUGACAUGCUUGGCUGGGCUCAUGGUUGCUAUUUCUGCAGAUGUCAAAGAAGUUCUGUUAACUGAUGGAAAUGAAAAGGCCAUCAAAAAUGUACGUGACAUCAUCACAAGAAACCAAAAUGCAGGAGUAUUUAAGGCGCAAAAAGUGUCAAGUCGCAUUUUACGAUGGGAUAAUGAGACAGAUGUCUCUCAACUGGAAGGACAUUUUGACAUUGUUAUGUGUGCUGACUGCCUGUUUCUGGACCAGUACAGAGCUAGCCUUGUUGAUGCAAUAAAGAGAUUACUCCAACCCAGUGGAAAAGCAAUGGUAUUUGCUCCACUCAGAGGGAAUACUUUAAACCAGUUUUGCAAUCUAGCUGAAAAAGCUGGUUUCUCUAUCCAAAGACAUGAAAAUUAUGAUGAACACAUUUCGAACUUCCACUCCAAGUUGAAAAAUGAAGAAAAAGAUACAUAUGAGGAAAACCUUCAUUAUCCUUUUCUUCUUGUUUUAACCAAACACAGAUAGAAGAUUUGUUUGUCUUAAGAUGGACUGCUGAAAAAAAAAUCAUGUACAGGAAUGGUUGGGAGAUGAGAGGGAUUCUGCUUUCUCACCUAUUGUUCCUGAGUGAUCAUUGCAGAAAUAUUUCUAAUCGAAGCACUGAAAAAGAUAUUGUGKUUUUUUUUCAUAUAUCACUGUGUAUAAACGUUGAGGCAUCUAUCUGGUAUUAUUUUACAACUUAUUUUUCCAAUUGUAUUCCUGCCUAAAAUCAAUGGGACUUCAUUGUAAACAUUAACAAAGGUGUAAAUCUUCCAUCUCUCUUGUGCCUUUAAACUUGCAUGCACUUUUGCUAAUCUCUUCAAAUGUUAUUUUGGGGUUCUGUUUGAAAAUACAUGAAUAAUGUGUUUUGUGGUAGUAUAUAGUUGUCUGUAGAGGAGUUGCAUUUUCCUUUAAUCAGGAAGGCAAUACUUUUCUUAAAAUCUUUAAAGAGGGCAUGUAUUGCAGCCUAGGAUUUUUCUGUCUUUCUUGAAAUUCCGCUGUUGAUUGUUCUAUCCGUUCAGAAUUGAAAUGUCCAAAUUUGCUUCAGU